UACCAAAAUCGAGGUAACUUGCCGAAUUGCCGUCAAAUUUCUUAGAUACAACGGCCCCGUUGUAUAACAUUACAUAAAUUCACUGGUUACGGACACGUUUUUUGUUCAAACAUUCUUCCCAGGAUGCUCUUGUCUAAAAUUAUCUGUGCCCUUCUCUUAUGUUCCCAAAUAUUUACAAUCAGCUCCGCAAAUAAUGUCGACGGUCACCGGAAUGUUACCCUCCGAACGACGGCGGAGAGAUAUCUCCAAAUAACAAAAGGGUCAUCGUUUAAGAUAGCGAUAUUUGCCGACUUGCAUUUCGGAGAGGACGCGUGGACACUUUGGGGUCCACAGCAAGAUAUCAAGUCAGUAAAGGUUAUGUCUACAAUCCUGGAUAAUGAACACCCAGAUUUUGUGGUUUAUCUUGGGGAUGUCAUUACAGCCAACAAUAUACCAAUUAAAAAUGCUAGCUUGUAUUGGAAUCAGGCAUUGUCCCCUACAAGAGCAAGGAAUACCCCAUGGGCCAGUGUGUUUGGGAAUCAUGACGAUGCAUCCUUUGAGUGGCCGUUAGAGUGGUUUUCUGCCACUGGAAUACCUCCAGUAAAUUGUUCUGCAAAUUUUUUUGGAGAGGCAUGUAGGUUCAAGGGCACACCACGUUCGGAGCUGAUGAAAAACGAGAUUGAGCAUAAUGCCUUUUCAUACUCUAGAAGUGGUCCUAAUUAUCUUUGGCCAAGCAUAUCUAACUACGUCCUUCAGAUUUCAUCAUCAAGUGAUUCCAAAGUACCAGUAGCAUUCAUGUACUUCUUUGAUUCCGGUGGUGGGUCAUACCCUGAGAUACUAUCAACUGCUCAGGCAGAAUGGUUUCGCGUCAAAUCUCAACAAAUAAAUCCUGAUGCAAGGGUUCCAGAGAUAAUAUUUUGGCAUAUACCGAGCAAAGCCUACACGAAGGUGGCCCCAAAGUUUAAAGGACAUAAGCCUUGUGUGGGCUCAAUGUUCAUGGAGACUGUAGCUUCACAAGAAUCUGAAAUGGGCUUAAUGAAACUUCUUAGAAGAAGGUCUUCUGUUAAGGCAGUAUUCGUAGGUCAUAACCAUGGCUUGGAUUGGUGCUGCCCUGACAAAGCUCUGUGGCUAUGCUUCGCUAGACAUACAGGUUAUGGUGGUUAUGGGAACUGGUCUAGAGGAUCUAGAAUUUUGGAGAUAACCCAAGAUCCCUUCGUACUGAAAUCAUGGAUUCGGAUGGAAGAUGGCCAUAAACAUAGUGAUGUUCUCUUGAGCUCUUGAACUGUUACAUACUUUUAUCCUCUUCUAUAUUAAAAAUUCUAAGAGAAGUGAAAUAAUGUGUUUUAUUGUUUUAUUUUAAUCAAGAGAAACCGAAUUGCACGCUUAUACACAUUGUCUGGUUUUAAUGGUCAGAAGACUCAGAACAGUUUAUGACUCGCAAAAUUGUAGUGCUACUUGAACAGAUUAGUUAUAUUUCAUAAAUUAUUGUGCUUUUAAAUA